UUCCUAUUCUUAUUCUUAACCACUACCCCCUUCAGAAAGAGGUUCUCUUCCCCUCACACCACAAUACCAAACACAAAAUGAAAAGUAGUGCAACAUCAUAUAAAUUCCAAUCGUUCUCCCUCACCUGGAGACUUAUAAUUCCCUGCACAUUCCUAGCACUGCUUUGUUUAUACUUUUACGUUCAGCAUCCUCACUUCAGCUAUAUCACCUACCACUUCUCUCUUUCUCCUCCUCCUUAUUCAGAUCAAAAGGACAAAGCCUACAAGGAACAAUGUGACUACUUUAAUGGCAAUUGGGUUCCUGACAAGAGAGAUCCUUUAUACAAUGCUACAACCUGUGGUGGUACGAUCCAAAAAGGUCAGAAUUGCGUCGCUAAUGGUAGGCCUGACUCGGAAUACCUUUACUGGAGAUGGAAGCCUACAAGUUGUAAUCUUCCAAGGUUUGAUCCCAACACUUUUCUCCAACUAUUUAAGAAUAAACACAUAGCUUUUGUUGGGGAUUCUCUAGCUAGAAACCAAUUAGAGUCACUUCUUUGCAUGUUGUCCACUGCUUCUACACCUGAACAUACCCCCAUGCAUAAAGGUUAUGGUCGGUGGCAUUUCUCUUCUCACAAUGCAACCUUAUCAUUAUAUUGGUCCCCUUUUCUGGUGCAAGGUGUUGAAAGAGUCCUAAAAGGGCCCGGACCACGUCAUAAUACAAUGUAUUUGGAUCAUGUUGAUGAGGAGUGGGCAAAGGAUAUUGAUCAAAUGGACUUGAUUGUGCUUGGAUUUGGGCAUUGGUUUUCUGACAUUCCUGCAAUUUACUAUGAGAGUGGCUCAGUUCUAGGUUGCCUAAACUGUCAUGGUCUCAAUUGCACGGACAUUGGUUAUUAUAUUCCAAUAAGAAAGGCUUUGAAGACUGCUCUUAAUAGCAUAAUUGAGAGGAAGAAAGUAGAAGCUAAAGGAAAUAUUGGAGGUGGUGGUGUCAUUGUGAGAACAUCCGCACCUAUUCAUUUUGAAGGUGGUGCUUGGAAUAAGGGUGGUACUUGUUCAAAGACUAAGCCUUAUGAAAAAGGGGAGAAACAACUUGAACAAAGAGAUGCUGAGAUUAGAAAUAUUGGAAUAGAAGAGUUGCAAAUUGCUAAGGAAAAGGCCACCAAAUUAAAAUUUGGAGGGUUUAGGUUUGAGGUACUAGAUGUAACCAUGUUAGCAUUAAUGAGACCAGAUGGACAUCCCGCUGCUUAUAGGAUUCCAUUCCCAUUUGCUAAAGGGGUCAAGAUUGUGCAGAAUGAUUGUAUUCACUGGUGCUUGCCAGGGCCUAUAGACACGUGGAAUGAAAUUUUUCUUGAGAUGAUGAAGAAGUGAGAUCAAUAGCUAAGGAGAGAGGAGUGAGUCAUUCAAUCCUUGUUAAUAAGUAAUUUAUCGGAUACAAUUCAUGGACACACAAAUUUUUGCGACAUAUGAUUUAGCGGGAGUUUUCAACUGUCACAAACUUUAGUGUCAGUCUAAAACCAUAACUUUAUGUGUCGAAAAAGUGUGAAGAAAAUAUGCAUGUCCGUGUAUAAGUACUCUUAAUUUAUGAAUUUCUCAUAAUUGAUCAAUAAGUGAUAAAUGUAUGUACUCAUGAUACGUAAAUGAGUUUUGAAUUAAUAUCGUAAUGAUUAAGAAGGAGAGGGCAACACAGCCCUCUAAUCUUUUACAUAACACUAA